CCACAUUGGAUUAUUUUGGUUUGGUGCAUAACUUGGCUUGGCUACUCUGUCUGGUUCUGAAGUCAGGAUUUAGAUCUAGAUCUAGAGUUCAAGAUCUACAGGAGGGUCUGUCGUCCGUCCACCGACACACCAACGAAAGCGUGAAGUCUUUGAGAUAGCAACAUUUUUUACUGCGAUUAAGCUAUUGACGUUUGUAGUGGCCUGCAUUUGUAAAGUUAUGUGUGCAAGGAACUCUGGAUUAUCUAUGCUUCUCUGUUUAAAGUCCUACUUUUCUGUAUCAACCACCAUGGUGUCUACUGCUCAAUUAAAGUCUGCGGUUUAUUGUUGAAUUGGAAGUUACAGAGAGUAUUCACAUACAUUGCACGUCACUGAAUCAGGGAAAGAUUCAAAGAGCUAUUAAAAAUUGCUUCGCAAAAAUUUGUAGCAAGGCCACAUCAUUGGUUUGGCUAGAGAUAAGUUUAUUGGCCAGUUGAGCAGUCAAGAUGGAACUCGUCAAUGAAAAUAGCAACGAUUUCGUCAGCGAUGGAGAAGACGAUCAUGUCAUGCUGUUCCCCAUCACUGAUAUUGACUUUGAUGCUUCUUGUGAGUCCCUGGCAGACCAGCAGAGCACAGACAAUGUGAGGCACAGAGCUCGACAAGACAGUGAAGGGAAUGCAGACAAGCCUUUUAUCACAUUAAGGGAGCGGAGGUUGUUGAAGGCUUACUCAGGAGCUGUUCAGGAGAAUAAUCUUAAGCCUCUGGCUAUCUCAAAGGCAAAACAGAUUCGAGACACAGCAUCUGCUAAAUCUGCCCCAGUUGCCAAUAACAAGCCGCAUUUCAAGCUGAAGCCAAAAUUUGAAAGAAUAAUGAAGAAACUGAGGAAGGGAGUUGAUCAGUGGGAGCAGUACCACUUGGAUGACCUAGAAACCGAGCUCUGCUUCAGACAUAGAUAUAACGCACACAAGAAAGAAUGGACCAAAGACACAGUUCUGGUUAAAAUGGAAAAGAAGCCGUUCACCAGAGGAGCCAUGAGACAGUGUUACAGAGUGAAGAAGAGGCAUUCAGAUGUUUGCAAUUCGAGUCAUGGUCUUGAUGUCAAUGCUAGAAACUAUGUGGCCAAAAGUUACAUGGAAAAUGUUGACCGAGAUGUUUAUUUUCAAGAUGUCAUGCUCCAAAUGGAUGCGAAAGUGUGGGGAGAAGAGUACAACCGUCAUAAUCCUCCAAAAAAAGUGGACAUAUUUCAGAUGUAUGUUCUGGAGUUCCCCGACAGACCUGGAAAUCCUUUGUUCCAUCUUGAGCAUUUUAUUGAAGGAGAAUACAUCAAGUACAACUCAAAUUCUGGAUUUGUUGAGGAAAACUUGCGUCUCACCCCACAGGCUUUCAGCCACUUCACAUUUGAGCGUUCAGGCCAUCAGAUGAUAGUGGUAGAUGUGCAAGGUGUGGGAGAUCUCUACACAGACCCACAGAUUCACACCGCAGAUGGCAGUGAAUACGGUGAUGGAAACCUGGGUCCUAAAGGAAUGGCUUUGUUCUUCCACUCUCACAUCUGUAACUCUAUCUGUGAAAGUUUGGACCUCACACCAUUUGAUUUGUCAGAUACAGAGCUUUCUACCUGCAGAGAUUUCAUCCUCAAACAGCAAAAUUCCUGCAUGACUCAGCUGAGAGGAGGGGAGGAUCAGUGCAUAUCGGCGUCGCCAAUGGAGACAUUUGACCUGACUGAGAUUCUUGGGCGCCAUCAUUCUUCAGAGUCUGCAACUUCUCCAGACGAGUCCUCUCUCAUCAGCCCUGGAAGCGAGGAGGAACCAAUGUCACUGGACAGUCCUGUGGGCCAAGUCAUCCACAGGUCGCGUGUGCGCUGGCAGAGUGAAUCUGAGCAGGAUUCCAUGACAGCUGAAGAGGAACGUAGAGCAUUUUCUGAGGCUCAAGCGAGUAAAGCGAGACCUUCAAGUGUUUUUCAUGAACUGGAUCUCAGGAAGUUGGCCAACCUACGUAUUGGAGACUCGGUGCUUGGGCAGAUUCAUCACGAAAUGGCAAGAUAUCACGAGAUUGGCCGUUUUUCUGUCACGGAAGAUGUUGUGGACUGGGAUUCAGCUCUCUACCAUGAAGAGCAUGCUGCUCAGCUGGGAGUUCUUGAAGCCAUAAAUACCAUGGCCAGGCUGUACUUGGGUCUCCAGAGAGACCUCUUUGUUAACUGUGUAGUUCAGAACACUCCAGAGAUGCUUGAUACAGGUGUUGAUUUUAUGGUUCAAGCAGCAGAAGCUGGGGACAGAAAUGCUAUGAUAUUCAUGGCGAGGGCGUUUGAAUCUGGAGACAACCUGGGUCAGAAAAGAUCUGUGUCAUGGGAGGAUGCUGUGUACUGGUACCAGAAGGCAGUGGAGCAAAACGACCACGAUGAAGGGGGAGAGUUUGACUCCACCAUGGCCGACCCACUCCACGAUCUGCUCUCUCACCAAGCGUGUAUGUACCGAACUGGUGGCCAUGGGCUAGACAAGGAUCCUCAGAAAGCAGGGGACUUGUACAAUGAGGCAGCUGAAGCAGCAAUGUCAGCCAUGAAAGGCAGAUUGGCUAACAAAUUCUUUAUGCAAGCUGAGGAGUGUUAUGGCGAGAUGGAUGAGUGAUCUGGAAAUAAGAAGCAGCCCAGAGGGAAAGAUGCAAUUUCAAUACUUCACCAUAGGAAAAAGAAAUGUCUUCCAGCUCGUUUUGUCAAGAAAACUAGAACUUUAAAAACUGAUGCUUUAAUCCUUUUUUAUUACGGUAUAUGUCUUUACAGUGUCCUCAGUGUACUUUGUAAGGCAGGGUGUCUGCAUUAUUGACUCUCAGAGAAGAGUAUUUAAGUUUCUUAGUGUGUCUUGUCAAUUGUCUACGCAAAGAUUCUAGGACUGUUAAGGUAAAAACUGUCACUGCAUUUUGCUCUGGUUUGUACUUCAAAAUUCAUCAGUGCCUACUUUUAUUUACUGUUUUUUAAGUCACUUAUUUCCUAAACUAUCAAGUGUUUUCUUUUCGUUUUCUUAUUCUCUUUUCUCUGUGCUGUGUAGGCAUUCUCAAGGCAAAUAUUCUUGAUAAAAUGAAUAAAAUUGAGUCAAAGGCACUAGCAAACUUCAUUGUCAUGGAUAAAAUAUUUUUGUGCUCUGAAUGUUGAAAGGGUAGGAAACCUAACCUAUUCAGAAAAGGCAAGUUUAUUUUGUUGAAUAAUACAGUGGUCAUGCAUCAUAUGUUUGAUAGGAAUGUUGUAGAUUAUAACUUGCAUAAUUUUACCCACAUAUUACAUUCUUUGAUAGGUGUGUUUUUUUUUCACAACCAUAUAUUUUUUGUUCUUUCUUCUUGGGCUCUGUUUAAUGUUUGGUGUUUAGAUAUUGUGUGGCUGUUGUCCUGCCUGUCAUGGACAUCGGUUUCCUCCAAGUAGCAAAAUUGUAACCUAGUAUUCAUUUUCACUCUUGACCUGGCUUAUAUGCAAACCCUUCUAUUUGUGUACUUUUCUCUAAAGUUGUAUUGUUCUUCACAUAUAAUUUUGUCAUCUUGCAUGCGGUUGAUUUAUUUACACGCUUCCAUUUGUGAUAACCUUUUACUCUUCCUUUAUAUUAAGCCUGCAAGGUUCUCCAAGUGUGAGGGGUCGGAGCUUUUUGGGUUGUUUCGUUUCUUUCAUAACUCUUUAUAUGACUUUUUAUUGGGGUUUUUUAUGUUUAGUUUUAGUGAAAGCUUACUUCGAUGGAGCUGAAAGUUUUGUGUUGACUUCUUAAUUACUAGUACUCAAUUUUGUUUUGUCGGUUUCUUUGGGUUGUUGUGUUUUUUUUCCGUUAUAGCCAAGCAUAUGCAAUAUUUGGUUGUGGGUAUACUAUCUCUUGUAUUGUUUUGAUUUUUUGGCGGGUGGGGGGGAGGAGGGAAUGUUACUAACGUUGAUAUUCCACAUGUGAGAAUUUAAACUGCUUACUUCCUACAUUUUAUAUAUAUACAAAAUUCAUUUUCCUGCAUCGAAAUUUGAUGUUCCUUAUUUUCAUCCUUUUCCACCUCCUGGUAAGACAUUUUUUUUUUUUUUGGUGAACUAUCAGCCGUGUUCCAUUUCUUAUAAUUACAAAUCCUUUUAUCAACGUUCAUGUUGUGGAGACAGAGAAGAAAUCUCAACUAUCCUCAUAUGUACAGCUAUUGUCUCAUCAUAUAGACUGCAAUGUGUAAGACUCCCUCUCAGUCACUUUUCAAAAUGGUGUAUGGUGGAGUCCUACCCUAAGCAGUCAAUGUAUAUGUUUUGUUCAUUUGUUUUCCAUUGAUAUGCAAAGUGCUUCAUUUUCAGUUUCUAUUCUUUUAACUUUGUUCACUAUGAUUCUCUAAAAACUUCAGUCAGUACAGACAUAGCAUUGAUCUUCAAGUAUGUAGUUGUUCAUUUUAAAAAUUGUGCAUUAAUGUUGUGGGGUUUGGGUGGGGGUGGGGGGGGGGGGGGGACUUUUGUGGUAUUUUUGUGUCUAGACUUUUUAAAGUCCAUAAGAGAGUUAUUGAAAGCUUUGAUCUCACAUGAGGCUACUGAUUUUGAGAUCCGGGGGGGGGGGGGGUUGGUUGCUGGCUCUGAAAUUAUUCGGUUAUAAAUAAACUCUUUUUGGGGGGUCAAACUAUGGUUUGUGAAAGGAAUCUGAAAAGUUGUUGAUACCUAUCUUUAUACUCGUUUGUGUUAUACUUCUGUUCUCGUAUUCUUGGUUUCCUGGUGAAAAAAAAAGUACUCACGCGAUAUAAUUUUUUUUGCAAUGCUGCCUGUCGCAACUUACAUUUCUUAUAUGAUGCUUGACACAUAGUGAGAGGUGUUGAGAAGGUUAUUGAUCUCCUGGCAAGUUCUUGCUGUUCUCUCUUCAUUCUUGGACGAUUUCUUCAAACCACUGAAAGAAAAAAAAAUCCAACUGUGAAUGAAAAUUUUUUCCCUUUGUCAUUUGUUUAAAAAAUUUGUUGUGUUUUUGCUUUUUGGUUGUGAAAGAAUAACUGAUUCAGUUUAUUGUCUUUUUAUUGUUUUAGUCAAAGGAAAUGUUUUUCCCAACGUGGAGGUUUAUAUUUUUUGCUUUUUUUUCAUACUUAUGUCUUGAGACUUCCAAGUGUGUGAAAGGAAAUUGUAUCUCUUCUCUGGGCUGCGUACUGAUCACGACUGACCGCACGCACUGAUUUUAUGUAAAUAUGUAUAGUCUUGAAUAUAUGCUCAUGAAAAAAUGAUGUUUUUCACCAAUUAUAUGGGGUUUUUUGUCUCAUGAUCAACUGACUGAUCUCGUUUUAGUCAUCUUAUAUAUCCUUUAACAAAAUAAAACUCACAAACUGUGCAGGUACAAAUUUAAAACAAGUUCAGUUAAACUGAAGUGUUUGGAUAGAGCCGCAUGUCACAGUUUCUAUUUUCCACCACCAUGUCAAUGUAAGAGAAUGUGUUCUGGGCUAUAUGUUACAUUAUGAGUCACUGCUUGUUUGAAGGUCUUAAGAAGGAUAUCGUCAGUUUGUGUUACAAGGAUUGAAGUCCAAGGUGGUAAUACUUUUCAAAAUAUUGUUACUUCUACUUUGAAAAUUACAGAGUAUCCAGUUUGAUGUAUGAGAAUAUGACUGUUAGUGUGUGGAUGCAUUAUUACCAAUUUGCUCAAAUUUAUGAUAUUCCUAAAACUGAUUUGAAUGCGUAUAACAUGUUAACACAUUCCCUUUUCUUCUGGUUUUGUCCUUCAAAGGUGUUUGUGCUGAACUGAUUUUAAGAAUGUCCUACAAAUGUCAACUUUAUGUACCUCAGUUUAUCAAAAGACUAUCAUUAUCUCAUGAAUAUUUUUUAGUUUAUAGCAACUGUGUUGAGAAGUCACUCGACACAGUAUUUAUUUAGUUAUAAGUACUGUGUGUCCAAAGAUAAUUCUAAAAAAUUUCUUUAGGAAAAUGCUCCGAUGGAGAUGGUUAUGACCUUGGUUAAUAUUAUAGCUUCCAAAAAGUAUAUUAUUGUUAAGUUAAUGGGGGAAAAAAUGACAAAAUGCAGUAUUUCUUUCACAAGCUCGUUUAUUUUUAACAUUAGAUAUGUUUAAUUUUUCAAAAUGAAAAUACUAUACAAUCAGUACUAUGCGUUUCAGUAUUUGUCUUUGCAAAUUCGUUAGUGGAUGAAGCAGAAUUUGUGCACAGAAAAUUUAAUGCUGAGUAUUAUGAUUUACGAUAAAUGAUUCUUUAGUGUGACACAGAUAUGUUUUGACAGAUAAAAACAAAGACUAAUAUUAUGACAGUAAUAAAGUGAGGGGUGCUGUUCUUCAAAGCAGCAGCAAUGAUGUAGCUCUUGUUUGUUAGAGUUGUUUUCUUUUUUUCUGUGAGGGCGGGUAGAUACGGAUACGAUACACACACUCUGGUAUCCUGGGAUACGAAGUGAGCACAUCAGAUGGAUUGCCUACUCCGUGCUUGUUGUAUUAUUUUUCUUUCUUAUUCCUUUUGUUUCAGUUUGCUCUUUAUGUCACUUUGUCACUGGAAAAACGAGUGUCUACAAAUUUAUUCUAUCUCAAUUUGUAAAGCAGGUUCAAACUGAGUUGAGUGUUAUGUCUUUGACAAUAACUAAAUAUAAUAUAAAAAUGUUUCUUUCUUUGCCACUUUCACAUGACUGUUUGUUUCUGAAAUGACAUUCUUGGGUUAUCUGAUUAUUUUUCAUCCUGCAAGGUUGGCAGGUCUGAAGUGGCAUUAAAGGUUAUUUUGUUACUGCUUUUUGUUUAUAUUGUGUCAUAACACCUAUUUGUUCUUGUAUCUUUUCUUCACCUCUGUUGUGUUCUUGAUUUAAUAUUUUUUGAUUGAUUGGAAUCAAGUUAUCGUUAAAGUUUACAUGGAAGGGAGUUGUUAAGUUAACUGCAAAGGUUAGCUUUCAAAUAGAAUAAUCAUGUUUGUGACCUAAUAAAUGUUGCUUGUUAUUAAAUUAAGUCAGCAUAUACGAUGUACUUAGUAUUCAUAAAUCUAAUGUGCUUAUUUGACACAUCAUUUCAAUACCAGUAGUUUGAUAGGGGAAAUUGAGUUGUAUCACAACAGUUAAUUAGGCUGUAGUACGCUGUGUACAGUUAUGUUUUGGUCACAUAAGGGUUCAUUGAUACCAUCUGACAUGAAUCCUCUAGUGUAGUGUCCCUUGCAUUUAUCAUGAUUUUUAAUGAUAACUUUGGUGGUGGGGGGGUUUGUGUGUACAAAGGCAUUAUUGAUUGAUUAUACAGAUCAUUUUUGUUUUAAUGAAGCAAAAUCAGGUUUGUCUGCACAAAUUGCCAUAACUCAAGUUGCUGCGGCUUUUCAAAAAGAGAAAAACCAAGUUGUCCAAUCAUUUUCCUUUUAAUUUUAACGCCCCAUAUCACAAUAAUUUUAGUCCUUAAGGCUUUGUUGAAAGUAUUGGUCACUGUAAAACAUGUGCUGGACGUUUAGUUUUCUCUGAGCAUUGACAAUUGAUUUGAUGUUGUUGGUUAUUGCAUGGCAGCAUUAAAGAAAUAGCGCUGGUUACUCUGUUAGGAGCUGUAUUGUGCUAACAGCUGAAAACAAAAUGAUGGAAAAAAAAAACGUCAGUGACUAUAUUUUCAUCACAGUGAAUUACAAGCAUUAUUUUAAACCAUGAUGAUAUUUUUGUACAAAAACGAAAAAUGAAAAACUUGCAAUUUUACAUACUCUUGUUAUUCGUUGAAAUCGUACGUGUACGCUUUCAGUUGUGCCACAAUUUAAGUUGUUUUUAAUGUUUGUUUGUGUAUUUUACUCAGUCUGUUUUUAUUUGGGGUUCUUGUUUUGGUUUUUUGAAGGUGCUCAUUCUUGAGAGUGACAUUUGAUCUACCAUAUUUCCCUUGUAGUACUUGUUCUCCAAUAAAAGUAGUUUCUUAAUGUAUGCAAGGCUGCCCUCCAUCCCUUUAGAUACCAACCUGCUUAUGGGUUUCUCUCUAUAUGGUGCCAUAAAUUGGAAUGGCAUUUUGAACAUCCAGUCUUGUUUGUCUCUUGAUCCAUAUUUCAGAAAUUGUACUGUUUUUUGUCAAUGCUUUUAAAACCCACUUAAUUACUUUUAUGACUAUUAUCAAUACGAAGAAUCAACGAUGCUUCUGACUUUUGUGGGUAGACUGUACUAUCUCAACUCCAUAUUCAGGUUUGUGAGAAGCAGCUUAUGUUGAAAGUCUGCACACCAUUAUCAACAAGUAGGCCUACAACAAAAACAAAGGCACUAAAACCAGCUGAAUAAAACUCAAACUCUAUAGGUUAUACAACGUCUUCAAAGUCCCUACCAUGCUGAAGGCUUUUGUGUCAUAACUAUACAUAUGAGUUCUUAUACUGUGAAAGUCCCACCUGUUCUUUCUAUACAUGUUAAAGAAAAUACAACUAAAACAGAUUUUUUUCUUGUGCAUGUGUCUAGUUAUAUAACUUCAUCAUGAGUGUGAAGUGUGCUUACUUUUCACGGUGGAUUUUUUUGUUUGUUGUUGUCUCUGCUUUCAAUAUCUAACUAGUGUUUGUGUUUCCUUCAUCUAACCCUCUAUGCAGGUAGCAUGUGGGUGCCCCUGUUAAUGUCUCACCCAUAUCUACUUUUUUUUAUCGCUGUCUGAUCUUGUAAUUUGUACCACUUUCUCAGCAGGUGCCUGGAAGGUGUGAUAAUUCACUCACUCAAUUUUUCAAACCGUAUUUGAGAAGGUGUUAUUCUGUUAACAUUUGUCUUUCUACCAUGUUCAAACACCCAACACCAAAUAGCAUAACAUUUCUCACUGUGUGUUAUUUGUUGUUUACUGAGGAUUGUUAUCUUCUCUGUUUCUACACUCUUUUUCCAGUUUGAAUAAAUUUUCCUGAAAUGUGA